UCCGGUGCAGGUCGAAUGGCGGAACAGCUGGGCAGUCAGGCACAGUCCCCGCUGACCCAGAAUGUGACAGCGGUGGAAGGCGGAACUGCAACGCUCACCUGCAAGGUCGAUCAGAAUGACAACACCUCCCUCCAGUGGUCGAACCCGGCACAGCAGACCCUGUACUUCGACGACAAGAAAGCUCUACGGGACCACCGGAUUGAACUCGUACGAUCUUCCUGGCACGAACUGAGCAUCAACAUCAGUGACAUCACACUGUCAGACGAGGGCCAAUACACGUGCUCCCUCUUCACCAUGCCCGUCAAGACCGCCAAAGCCUUUCUCACGGUGCUGGGCGUUCCUCAGACUCCAGUAAUCAGUGGCUUCAAAGGCCCAGUGAACGAGGGUGACCUGGUGGAACUGACCUGUACCACGACAGGCAGUAAACCGGCUGCUCACAUCAGAUGGUUCAAGGACGACACCGAGAUUGAAGAUGUGCCCUCUACGAAAGAGCCCGACUCCAAGGGGAAGACGUUCACUGUCCGUAGCACCCUGAGGCUUCCGGUGAAUCGAGAUGAUGACGGUGUGGCCGUGAGGUGCAGUGUGGACCAUGAAUCACUCAGAUCAUCGCCACAGGUGGCCACACAAAUUCUGAACAUUCAGUAUGUACCUUCGGUGAAGAUCGAUUUCUCCAGGAACUUUGCCCGGGAGGGAGACGAGCUGAGGUUGGAGUGUCAAGCAAUUGGAAAUCCAGAGCCAGAAGCUGUGAAAUGGAAGAAAGAUGGUGCUGACCUUCCUGACCCGGAGAGAAUGAUUGUGGAGGGCAAUGUCCUGAUCAUCAGUGCCCUGAACAAAACUGACAAUGGCACCUACUAUUGCGAAGCAGCCAACACCAUGGGCCACAACAGUGCCGAGUAUAUUCUCUUCGUAUAUGAUGCUCCCAUCAUCCUGUCUCCCACCAUCAACAUUCCUUCCUCCCGUCCCGUUAGGACAGGGGCAACCCCUGUCACCAUAGCAACCAGCACCAUCAAACCUGGCAAAGGUUCCGGGGCCCGAGCCUCGGUGAGGUCCUCGCCCCCGACCGGCCCGGCUCAAGAUCCCAGUGCCCUGGCAGGUCAGUCUGGUCCGGACCAUGCGGUGAUCGGAGGAGUUGUGGCUGUCGUAGUCUUCAUCACCUUGUGUUUGACCAUCGUCCUUGGCCGUUACCUGGCACGACAUAAAGGAACAUACCUGACCAAUGAGGCAAAGGGAGCUGAAGAUGCACCAGACGCUGACACAGCCAUCAUCAACGCCGAGGGUAGCCAGGCCAACGCCGAGGAGAAGAAGGAGUACUUCAUCUGAUCGCCCCCAGCGUCUGCCCCAAAACUGCUUCAUCAUCUUCUCUCUCUCCUGACAUCCGCCCUAUCAUCUGCCUCAAUUGUCCCAAAACUGUCUCAAAAUCUCCCAUAUCUGCCCCAACCUCUGCUCUAUCAACUGCCCCAGCAUCUCAACUGCCCCAACAUCUGCCCCAGCGAGUGUAGCUGCUCCUAACUCCUGUCCCAACAUCUACUCCAACGACUAUCCCAGCGGUCCCUACACCUUGCUGAAUACGACUCUUAUUGACUGGCUGCAUUGCUGAUUCAGCCAGUCCUACCCCGUGGAGGGGUAUCAGAUACCACUCCACACCUCUCAUCCCUCCCCUCUAGCCACUGUCCUUGACCUGUUGCUCACCCUCCCCCCUUCCAUCACCUCCUCCCCACAUUUGCGUGCAUCAGUGAUUACCCGAGCUGUGUGUGUGUGCCAGCCCCCACCACUACCACCCCCCCCCCCAGUCACCGUCACUGUCCGAAGGUCUUGCACUAGCCACAGACGCAUGGUGGAUGCAAUCACCGCCUGCCGGUCGAUACUGCAGACUGUUCUGGAGGGCUGUGAACGAUUCCGAGAAACGCAGGGUGAGGGGAGGGCAGGUGUUCUGGGAUCUGCUCCCUCACCCUCACUCCGCUGCACCUCGGCUCCCGUUCCCUGACACCCUCUCCAUUCAGUGUCACAGCCAGUCAGUGCAGCCAGCUGCUAGUGCAGGAAAGGGGAGCAUGUUGCUGCUGGUUUUCCAGCUUCCCGUGGGAUUUAUGAACCUCUCAUCAUCUUCACAGUCCCCCACCAUCCAUCGUUGGCCUACCCUCCUCUCCGAGAGUCUGUCCAAAUGUUUACUCUCAAACCUCAAGCACAAAUAACUGGAGUGAAAGGUUUCUGCCAGUGAGGGUGUGUGUGCACACACUACUGAAAUUGGGAUUGGUGUGUACACAGUAGUGACAUUGGUGUUGGUAUGUACACACUAUUUAACAUGUGGGUGGGUGUCCAGAUACCGGUGAAAGUGUGUGUGAGUGUGCACACACUAGUGAGGUUUGGAUGGGUGUGCAAACACUUGUGAAAGUGUGGGUGUGGGUGCUCACUCUGGUGAGAUUGGGGUGUGCGUGCAAACACCAGUGAAUGUGUGGGUGUGUGCACACAGUAGUGGGAGUGGAUGUGUACAUACUAGUGAGAUUGGGGUGAGACUGCAUACAGGAGUGUGAUUGGGGUGGAUGGACAUCCUAGUGAAAGUGUGGGUGGGUGUGCACGCACCAGAGAUUGGGGUUAGUGUGCAUACACUAGUGUUAUUGGGGUGGGUGUGUGCACACUAGUGAGGUUGGGGUGGGUGUGCACAUGCUAGUGAAAGUGUGGGUAUGUGCGUACUCAUUAGUAAGAUUGGGUGGGUGUGCACACACUAAUGAAAGUGUGGGUGAGUUUGUACACACUAACAAAGUUGGGGUGAUGUACCCACACUAGUGACAGUGUGGAAAGGUGUAUACACAGACUAGUGAAAAUGUGGGUGAUUUUCACACACUAGUGAGAUUGGGGUUGGUGUGCACACACUAGUGAGAUUGGGUGUGGGUGUGUACACCAGUGAAAUUGUGGGUGGGUGUGCACACACUAGUAAAGGUGAGCUUACAGUGAGGUGGUGUACAUAUUGGUGAGUGUGUACAAUAGUGAAGGUGAGAGUGCACACUACUGAGACAGUGUGCAUAGUGAGAGUGAGUGUGCAUAGUCAUAUAACUGAACAGGCGCACACUGCCUGACACCAUCGUAAGUGUGCAAGCUGUAGUGUGAGUGGGUGUGUCCCUGUCUGUUGGUGUCCAGAAGCCAGACAAAGGCCAGGUCAGGGAAAGCAGUGACGUGGAAGAUCACUUGGGGGAGAAUGGGUUAGGGUAUCUUGGAGAAGGGUCAGAAGGUCAAGGUCAGAUGGGUGAAGUUGCUAGAAUGUGAUGUGACGACAGUGUUGAUGUUGUGACAGCUGCAGUGGAUGGCGAUAGCACCAGGCUAUAGGCUGAAUGGGCCCUUUUAUUGCAGCCUCCCCCUGCAACCUUGCCUCCCUCCUCGCCUGCCUGCCCCCUAGGGUGUCACUGGGGGAUGGUGACUCCUCCCUGCAGGAGAUACCUCUGAGCCCACCCUAUCCCCAGCCUGCCCUGCCCUGCCCCACACAGUUACCCGGGUAGGAGCGUCCCUAUUGCCUGCAGUGUGGAGACUGAUGGGUUAAAUUCCGGGUAUGUGGACAGAGCCCCACCUGGGGUGUGAGGAGAAAUGGGCCCUUGUCCCCGGCAAAUCGGGGCUGCGCAUUGCAUCACGUUCGCCAGGGGUCGGCACAGUUGCAUAACUGGAUCUCAUGCCACCAGUUCUGUAUGGCUGCAACUUCACCCUCUACUAACAGCUGCAGCAAUGCAACUGCAUGGCUGCGUUAUUUCCACCGUCCCCGGCUGCAUCCUCCAGCAGCAGCUUGCAAUAUUGCAGCCUGUCCACUGCAGUUCUACCCUGACCAGUACCUGCCGCCGUCUAGCCCCAGCCACUGUACAACGCCUCAUCUCUGUCCGCUGAAGCCGCAUGACUGCCUCCCCAGUGACUGAGCUGCAGCUCUCCCCGCCAUCAACAGCAGCAGUGGUGCAUCUCCCUCCACGCCAGCUGCAAGGCUGCAGUCUCAUUCCACCGCCCAGAGCUGCGGCUCGCUGUCCAACCAUUCAGGACGACCUCAAAUCUCCAUGCAAUACUGUAUCGUAUCAGGUGGAUGUGUAUCUGGGACUGCCAAUCUAUAUAUUGUAUUAAACCAUGCUUUUUAUUAAUAAUGCGUUAUAAAUAGGGAACAAAGGGGUGUAACUUGGGAACAAACAGGCUCUGCUGUCGUGUGGAACUGGACGUCUUUGUAAAGUACUGAAUCCUCAGAAACCCCUUACACCAGUCUGCAUGAAUACUGAAGCAUCUGUUUAUUUGUGGGUGGGGGUGGGGAACGACUCUCCAUUCACUCCGGGAGCAAGUAAUUCCCAAACGGUGUCCGCCUUCACACAAUCCUAAUUUGUACUAAUUCCGCGCCGUUCCCGUCUCUCCGGAUCUGUCUCGGCGGUUUCACUGCAAUGCGGCGGUUCCUGGGUGGGUAACGACUGGCCAGCUAGCGAGGGGGGAAGAGGACGCGUUUUUUCCCGUGAUCGGUCACAGAGUUGCUGCCGUUGGAGUGAGGUGUGUAUAGGGAGGAGACCGGACCCCGUCGCUCACGAUUCUGUGUGAAUUUAUUUUGUUAGUCAUCAAAACUAUUAAUAAAAACAAUUAUGAU